GAUAUCCGUGAGGAAGGGACGCUGCCGUUUCGUGUGUGGUAAAACCGUGUCGUGUAGCAGCGAUUGAACAAAAUCGUUGUUUAACAAAACAGAAACAACACAGCAAAAUGGCUCGAACGAUGGGCUGCCAUCAGCUGGUCCGGUGCCUCCUCGUACUUUUUACUCUCUUCAAUUUGUCAUUUUGCCUUUACGAAGAUCAAGUUGGCAAAUUCGACUGGAAACAAAGCUAUGUAGGAAAAAUUAAGUUUGCUACUUUUGAUACUGCCACAAAUCCUAAGAAGAUAAUUGUGGCUACAGAAGAAAAUGUCAUAGCAGCUUUGAAUAUAAAUUCAGGACAACUGUUAUGGAGAAGAGUAUUAGAAAAAGGAUAUGCUGGUCAUAUCCGUGCCUUUGGCCAUGCAAACGACAAAGAACUUGUCACUGUAAAUGGUGGAGUACCAGCUAUCGUUCGAUAUUGGAAUGUGGCCACUGGUCAUAUCCUAAAUGAAUGGUCCUUAGCUGAGCAGAAUCCAGAUAAAAUAGAAGAUAUUCAAUGGUACAUAAAAGAUGGUACUUUGCAUCACGUUUUGCCAGUAUACAAUAGUGGAAUUGAGAUAUCAUCCUACGAUUGCAAAACUGGAGAAAAAUUGAAGUCUAGAAAAAUUUCGGCGCCAUUUAUAUCGCCCGAGACUGAAUGUGUCUUAGCUGCACCAAAUUACGUUUGCCUCAGUGGUGACAGUAACUUAGCUAUUCUUUUUUAUGUAAACAUAUUUGAAUUAAAAUCGGAACCUCAAUCUAUAACUAUAAACACAAUUUUUGGUGCUGGCACUCAAGGGCCGUACCAAAUUUCGCUCGUUCCUGGAAACACGGCUGCCAUACUGAUAAGUGCUGAAAAUAAUCGAAGAAAACGUCUAGUACAAUUGGAAAAAGAACCGAUUUUGAUUCCUCGUGAUAUAAAUGGUGACAAUUCCGUUUACAUUGCCACAAUUGAUAAUAAUAAAGUAGUAUUAGAAACUUCAUAUAAAAAUGAUGUCACAACAAUAACAACAACAGAACUUUCGACUUCGACCGAUCCUAAUACGGAAAAAGUAGCAUACGUAGCAAAUAAUGUAAUUUACAAACCUUCGAUCGCUGCAAUUCACUGCCAACCUCAAUCCCUCAAGGGUAAAUUGUGCAAGUAUUUACUUACUAACGAAGACGACAGCGUGAGCUUACUGCAACAAAAAGUCAUGUGGACUCGCGAAGAGGCACUGGCCAACAUAGUUGCCGUUGAAUUCGUCGAAUUACCGAUGUCUGAACGCGAGCAAGCCAUCGAAACUGAAUUCGAUCGAAAAGAACGGAACGUAGCUAGUAUGCUUUUGCGCCGUCUGACCUCUCAAGCGAAUCAAAUUCGCGCUUAUUUCCAAGCAACUUUGGGCCUCGAACCGAAGCAAUCGGAUCGUCGUGCCGAUUUGGUUAGGGAUAAAUUUGGAUUACACAAGAUGAUCGUUGUUGCGACCAAAGCUGGAAAGCUCUUUGGAAUCGAAUCACGCCGAGGAGAAGUAAUCUGGCAGCAAAGAGUACCAAACUUGCGUGUACUGUCAGAAGAUCCCGACCAAAUGAUUUUGUACUUACAACGAGGCAGUCGUCACUAUCCUCAUCCACCUCAGUGCGCUCUUCUAGCCGCGGAUCAGAGAACCGGCAACGGAGUGAUAUUUACUUUCAAUCCAAUGAACGGACAACCGUUGAGCGGUGGUCUUCAGCACUUGGAUCAUCGUAUCAAACAAUCGAUGCUUCUCCAGGACUCCAUCGAUGGUUUUCUUCGUGGCUUCAUUGUCCUAGACGAAAAAGAUCAAGUCCACGUUUAUCCCAAGACAGCUGCGACCGUCGUAGCUUCUCAAGCUGGCCGCACGUUCAUCUUUACCGUGGACAAAACUACCGGAGUGCUCGCCGGUCACUCGUUGGCUUACAGCAACGAGAAGAAAUUUGCAGCUCACAAAGUUUGGGAAAUGGUAUUGCCACCGAAAACACAGAAAAUAAUACACGUCGCCGGCAAAAAAUCGUACGAGCGAGUACACUCGCAAGGUCGAGUGCUGAGCGAUCGAUCCGUACUCUACAAGUAUGUCAAUCCGAAUCUCGUCGUCGUCGUGACUCAAGGCGUCGAAGGUUCUCAAAAAAAUACGUUGAAUUUAUAUUUAUUGGACGUGGUCUCGGGUUUGAUGAUAUUUUCUCUGAGCCACAAACGUACCAAGGGCCCGGUACACAUUGUACAUUCCGAAAAUUGGGUCGUCUACAGUUACUUCAACGAGAAGAGCCGCAGAACAGAACUGGCUGCUCUUGAACUUUACGAGGGAAAGAUGCAAAGCAACGACACAGCUUUCUCAUCGCUGAACAAUUACAAGUUACCGAUAGUCGAAAGACAAGCCUACAUUUUCCCUGCUUCGAUAGAAUCUUUGCAGGAAACCAUCACGGAAAAAGGCAUAACUAGCAAACAUAUCUUAGUCGCUUUGGCCAAUGGCGGAGUCUUAGAGUUACCAUGGAUGCUGGUGGAUCCUCGAAGGCCAUUGAAUCCAGAUUAUCGCGAAGAAAAUGUCAUUCCUUAUAUGCCCGAACUGCCAAUUCAAAUGGAUAGAUUUAUUAAUUACAAUCAAAGUGUUUACCGAGUAGCGGGCAUUAAUACAAGUCCUAGUGGCCUUGAAAGUACCUGUCUUGUAUUUGUGCAUGGUCUUGAUCUUUUCUACUCGCGUGUUGCUCCUUCGAAAACGUUUGAUGUGCUUAAAGAAGACUUUGAUUAUUACCUCAUUGUGAUAGUCCUCGUAGCAUUAUUGUGUGCUUCUUACGGGACAAAAAAAUUAGCGUCACAAAAAGUUCAAAAACAAGCAUGGAAAUGAUGUUCUGGCGUUCAGACUUGCAAUCUCCUGAACUUUUGUUAACUUUUCAACCACCGUUUCACCAAUUUAAUAAUUAUAUAUGGCCAUACUAUUUACUAUGACAUUACUGAUUGUAAACUUCAACAAUUUCACACAUACACGUAGCUUUUUUGCUAAAUCCAAAGAACCUUGAAUACAAUCAUGUAGAGAGUGAUCGGAAUUAAUGACUCGCGCAUCCACGUGUAAAAUUAUUAAGAAAAUCAUGAAUGCUUGUUAAUUCUAAUCAAGUAAAAUGUGUGAUAUAAGUAGAAUUCUUUGGACAUACGUGAAGUGGUAGGUGGUAUAAGGUUUUAGGAAUUGAUAUUUAUAAUUAUUUGUUCAAUAAUAAAUAGUAAAAUUGAAGGAAAAUGUCAUUGUAGAAUAUUGAUCUGUAAUUUUGAACAUGUUACAAAUCAAUAUUAAAAUGAAUUGAACUGUCUUGUCAUGAGCAGUCAAUAUUAUUACGAAAUCUAAAAAUUAAAUGAAUUUAAACGUAGCUUGAAAUUUUCUUUACAAACUCGUAUGAUACUGAACGUUCGUUUAAUGGUUGUUAAUUACUGUUUGCUGCUAGUAUUUUAGUUUAACUUGUUACACAAAUGCAUUUAAGAUUAUUUUAAAACGAGUUCAAGAAUGAUUAUUGUGUAAAAAUUACACUUUGAAUUGAAAAUUAAAUCCAAUCAUUUUUAUUACGGGAUUGCUAUUGAAGUGACCCCACUAUUCAAAAAGCAGUCAAAUGACAUAUUUAUAUUAAAAAUCCGUUAGAUUGAGACAACUAAUUUUAAUUAGGAAAUAGAUUUUAUUGUACAAAUCAAUUUCUAAUAAUCAGCAAUGAUGAAAUCAUUUGUAUUGUUGAGCUAGUCUGUAAUUUUAGUACGAUGAUGACUCUACAAUGAAUGAAAUCAACUGUGCAUAUGAUAAUACGAAAGACUUGACAAAAUCAACCAAUGGACUCAAAUUUUUUCUUUUGUACAUACUACUAAAUCUUCAAAAUGCACAAUUUACGGUUUUAAAAAUAAUUAACUGCUUUAAGUUGAUAAGUUGUAUGGAAUAUUAUAUUUAUCAUCGUUAAAAAAAUAUAUAGCUUUGAAAAAAUCCUCAAA